GCCAGCUGGUAUCGGUCGUGCGUACGUGCGCGCCCUCAGACAUGGGCUGGGACUGCAAGAAGGGGCGUACCAGCCGAGGACACGUGCCCGAGGUGUGUCACGAUACGUGCUACUGGGAUGGGUGCAAUCACGCCCAUUCGCUCACGCCCACGAUGCUGCCCCCCCUCCUGUCGACUCUCGUGUGGUUGGGAUUCCGUCUCUGACCUUCCCGUCUCGUCCCCUGCCUUGGUUGAAUUGUUGAUUCGUGGCUUUUCGGUUCAUUUCCUUUUUUAUUGGUUGAUUGAAGUUCGGUUAUGCUAUCUUAAUUAUCUUAAUGGUAUGUUUUUUCAUAGAUUUUUUUCUUAUUUUUUAUCUGGGUCUGAUGAUUUGUUGUUAUGAUUAUUAUUAUCAUUUUUAUCAUCACUGUUAUUAUUAUCGAUAUUAUUGUUUUUUUUUAGAAAAAAAAGAAGCUGAAAAAAAUGUGAAAUGAAUAUUUUCACUAUGUAAGAAUUGUGUGAGUCUCAUUUCAAAUAUAUCUUCUUCAGAAAAGCAUGUAUUUCUGACGAAGAUAAAUUCGAAACCCAACGAAUGCACCUCUUUUAUUGAGAAUAGUUUAAUACUCGGUAACAUAUUUUUAUUUAUAUGUCACAAGGAGGACUGUUCCU